AUGAAGUGUGGGUCUUCGUCCUCGGAUUCGCAGGCACUACUUCUCGAUCAUCAUUUCGAAAUUCCCGAAUUCAAAAGAGUGCCGUCGAGCAACCUUGCCGAAGUUGAUUGUAUGGGUCAGUAUCGCGUUCUGUAUGACGAUUCGCUUGCACAGGAAACCACAACACCAUCCAAGAUUCGACAAAAAUUACGCAAGUAUCUCGAUAAGUCUACUCUCAAAGAGGAGGAAGUCGCUCUAGAGGUUGCUCGAACAAUUAUUGCAGAUGUGCACAGUAUGGUGCAGGCUGGCAAACGGUGA